GAGCAUUUUGUACCUAAUGGAAUGGUUCAUGUUGGAGGGUUUGCUUCACACAAUGCUUCAGUACUUCACAUCCUGCUCCACCACUACCUCUAGUAAAUGGUGUAUCUGCAAUGAGUCUAAUUACCUGAGACAGUAAUUAUCCCACAUGGCAUUCUUGAACACACUGGGAUUGAUUCAGCUGUGCACCUUUAGGCCCUGUAUUGGAGGGAUGUUGGUACUGGAAUGAACGCUGGUUGUGCUGAAUUCCUUAAAAUAUAAACAUGAGUAACUCGAAGAUCCCAAGCACGACAAAUGUGGAUAUGAGGAGUACUACUAACCUUCCAACAUAUCAGUCAGAAGCUCCUCAAAUCCUGUCUACUCCGCAAUACUGCAUGCAGCCUUUGCCUGUCAUCACACAGCCACAAGGUAUGUCUACAGAAGGACAGCAAGUCACAACCGCAAUAGAAAUGUCCUUUCCAGCUCCAUCAUACAGUGUCAAUAUGGAUCCACAAUUCCAGUUUCAAGGAACAGGAGAUCAAGUCACUGCCCCUGGAUAUCCUACAUCAGCCCUGGGUAUGCCCGCCAUAGCACCACCAUAUACAGAAAAUACAGAAGGCCAAUUCCAGUACCAGCAAGCAGGCUGGAAUCAAGCAGUCCUUCCACCACCUCCACCAUAUAGCACAGCAGGGCACCAACCACACCUAGUUUAUCUGCCUGAGGCCUUUUUGAAGACUGAUCUGAGAGAUAUUCCAGGACAGACUGUUUGCCCUUCUUGCAACCUGCCAUGUAUGACGCAAAUUGAGCACAUAUCAGGGUGCUUAACAACCCUUUUAUGUUGCCUAUUAUUUUUCUUUGGAUGUUUGCUAGGUUGCUGCUUAAUACCAUUGUGUGUCAACAGUUGCAAAGAUGUGAACCACUACUGUCCCUACUGCAAACACCUCAUCCACAAAUACAAACGUCUUUAGUAAUUACUGUGGAAUUAUAUGUAUAUAGAAAAAAUUUACUAAAUCUAUAUUAGGUUGGAUUAAAUCAUGCAACACACACAUAAAUGAUGAAAUUAUAACAACAAAAAAUGCAUCUAAACUAAAACUUGAUAAUUCUUUUGGGGUUUUAUACAAAGUUGCCAUUUGUGAGCACAAGUGGGAGUGGUAUGUUGACAGUUGUCAUUUUGACACACGUAAGGUCGACAUGCAACAGUGAUCAUGUCUACAAGGAUGACAUGUCAACAUGACAGAGCGGCAACCAUAUGUCCUUAGUGCUCCCAGCUGUCACUUACCUGUCUGUGCAGCUUGGCUUACGGGUCCUGGUGGUAAGAGGUGCAGCAGUUCAGGCACAGACUACCUAACCCCCCCCCCCCCUCCCCCCUGCCCACCGCAGCCUAACCUUAACCGUUGCCAUUCUGCGAUUGCUGACUUCUCAGACGUCAGCAUUCUACUGUCACAUAGUCUCUGUCAACCAUGUGGCCAGAUCCCCUUUGGUAAUGGACACACAUAUGGCAUCACAUUCAUUUCAAUUACAUUUCAAGCAAACAGGCUUGAGAUCCAAAAUUGAAAAGGAGGUAGAAUAUUUUGUAGCCAAUUUUCUCUAAAAUGUCUCUGUGUGAUUGAAAUUGGCCUUUAUCAUUAAUGUUUUUCCAAAGCUACAAUUUACAUUUUAAUUUGUAUAAAUAUUAAUAUCACAAUAAAUAUUUUACAUGAA